GAGUGUUCUGGUCUCCAUGGUGGUGCCUGCGAAAGCCAAGACGAGGACACAGAAAUGGAGAGCAGUGGGCUACAAUGUGACACUGCGAUACACCCCACAGAACUGCUCAUCACCUGCACAAAUGCAGACACUCAGUUGGGAGAGCCAGAAUUGGAACUUGAGGAUGCCUCACAACAGCAGAUGUCUGCGCUCACUGAACAAUACCACUUUAUAGAUCAAGAUGGGAAUGACAUCCGUUAUGAGAUUCAGGCACUGUCUGGCACCAGUCCUCAGAUGAUGAUAUUGGCGAGUGAUUCGGAGAACGGGCGAGUGUUUCACGUCAAUGUCAUUCCCUCUAACCAGACAACAGCCCAGCUACUUAUUCCCCAAGAGCCUAUAGACCACAACCAGACACUAGCGAAUCUGCAGACUGUACAGAAUAUCUCUGGAAAUUCUGCGCCAGAAGACACCAGCAGCUUGAUUCUUCAUUCCAGCACUACGCUUGAUGUGACUAAGAAAUCAACUACCAGGCUACCUGCAGAACAAUUUCCGAAACCUCUUCAACCACUUCCUUCCAACAUUCCUGUUUGGGCGCGCCGUCUUAGGAAUUGUGAGAAAAUUGGAGAUUCUUACCGUGGUUACUGUCUGAGUGAAGCUGAACUGAUGAAUAUUUUAGGUCUUCACAAACAACACACAAUGAGCGUGUGGGGAACCCGACAGUCCCCAAGCCCAGCCAAGCCAGCCACUCGGCUAAUGUGGAAGUCACAGUAUGUGCCAUAUGAUGGAAUCCCCUUUAUUAAUACGGGAAGCAGAGCAAUUGUGAUGGAAUGUCAGUAUGGACCAAGAAGGAAAGGAUCACAGCCCAAGAAGAGUGGAGAAAGUGACAGCACUACUGGGCAGCUGUAUAAAGCAACAUGUCCAGCAAGAAUAUACAUAAAAAAAGUGAAGAAAUUCCCUUCUUAUCGAGUUCCUACAGAUCCGAAGAUUGACAAGAAAUUGAUCAAAUUGGAACAAGAAAAAGCAUUUAACUUAUUAAAAAAGGAUUUAGAAACAAGUGAGGGUGUUCUAAGAUGGUAUGUCCAGCUACCCGAUCAGGAGGCACAUCAGUAUCACAAUCUGGAUCCAGGUUGUUUCUCUUCUUCACCCACUUCAUGUCAGCCACCAAAUGAGGAAGAGGAAGAGAUGAUUUGUGAGGAGAAUUCUGCCCUCUCCUCUCGUCUGCAUCCUUCCGUGGCUGAUAGAAUCCGGGAACUGGUAUCCCAAGGCAUUGAUGAGGUUUAUGCUGUCAGGAAACAGCUGAGGAAAUUUGUGGAACGGGAGCUCUUCAAACCAGAUGAAAUUCCAGAACGGCAUAAUUUGUCUUACUUCCCUACAGUAAAUGACCUGAGGAACCACAUCCAUGAAGCACUAAAAGCACUAGGAAAUGGAGAGCUCAUCUAUGAACAGGAAGCUAUUCCAAGAGCACUUCAGUGGAGUUCUGACAGUGGCAGUGUUCUCAAUGAAAUGGUUACUGUGACGUUUCAAUCCUCUCAUGAAGAACAAGAUUCCAUGCUAAAAGUUCAGAACUGUUCUAGUCAAGAUAACUGUCAAGAUACAGCUCAGCUGAUCUCUUCAUUAACCUCUCUACAACCCAAAAUCUUUGCGCAGCUUCAGAGUCUCCAGUUGCAGUCAUCUUUUACAUCUCCUGAUGGAAAAACUGCCCUUAUUGCACUGAACCAGCCGUCUCCUACAUUUACAUCUCCUGAUGAAACAACAGCACUAAUAACUGUGAACACUCAAACACCAUCGUUCACUUCUGAUGGCGCAACAGCACUAAUUACAGUAAAUCACCCUCCUCCAUCUUUCACAUCUUCUGAAGGGACAACGGUGCUUAAUACAGUCGACCACGAUUCCCCAUCAUUUACGUCUUCUGAUGGAAUAACCUCUCUUAUUACAGUCAGCCAACCAGGUCUGUUUAAUGCUGGAGAAAGCAAUCAGCCCCUUGUGCUUAGCCACUUGCCAAGCCAAAAUAAUGACUCCUCUGUGUCAGCAGUCACAGCCCUGUCUCCUUCUGGUCACAGUCACCUGGUCAGCCUGGGCCAGCUGGUGACUGUGGAAGAUGCAGCAUCCAGCAUAUCUGGAGAAGUGCACCAGAUUCUGCUUGGGGAACUACACCCUAUUCCUAUUAGGAUUCUAGACAACCAGCCGACUAUUGUUGAAGUCGGUUCUGUUGAUGCAUUUUGCACAGAGCAAGAUCAAGACAACCCAGGAGAGUCAACACAGUCCCAAGCCCAUAUUGAGGAAGCAGGAACCACAGACUGUCAGGACUCUGCCUGAACUGCGAAAUAAUCACAUUCUAGGUUUUAUCUUCAGCUCUCAUAUUGAGGGAAACAACCACAUGUACAAUAAAGACUGCUCAUCCAACAUUUGGAUUGCUCCCACUGUUUAAGUGUUGCAGACCAUUCAUCUCGAGACAGCAUUGGUAAAUGAAAGGAAUUACAUGGUCACUGUACUUUUUGUGUAAAUCAAUAAUACAGGUGAAUGUAUGAAAUUUUGUAAAUAUAUCUCUGGCAAAUAUAAGAAUCUUUGUAUAUAUGAAAGAAAAUUCUUUUCUUCACU